AUGAAGCUGAAUAUUAGACUUCGAAGAGAAGAGGAAGAAAGAAGACGAAUCAGGGAAGAGCAAGAACGAGCCAUAGAAGAAGAAAGAAGGAGGGAAGAGCUGCGUCAGAAGGAGUUGGAGGAGGCUGAAAGAGCUCGACAGGAAGCUCUGGAACAAGCCAAGAUGCUUGAAAGAAAAAAACGCGAAGAAGAACGUCGUGCAAAGGCACGAUCUGAAAGAGAAAGGCUAAAAAGUCAUCAUGGCGUUCAUGAAAUUGGAUUAUCCGAGGAUAAGUCUCAAACAUUGGCCUUUGUGGAUGAAGUUCUUCCUGUUACUGAAAAUUUAUCGUCAGUAUUGGAAAAACUGGAUUUAAAUAAUUGA